UUUCUCGUACACGUAAACCUGCUCGGCACUUGCGCACACACACCAACACAUCAUCGUGUCAAAUACCAACGAAAGCAAUCACUCGCGCAGUUUCUUCUUCUUCUUCUUCUUCUUCUUUUUUCUUUCUCGUCUUCUGUUGCUGAAUUUCGAUUUCUCAAUUCUCAAUCUCAAGGUGAAAUGAUGCACUCAGUAGCUAUAAUUACUUUUGGAUGCUGGAGAUAAGGCGUGAUGGGCGGUUGCUGCUGCUGUUGUUCUUCUAAGGAGACUGUGUUGAGCGCUCCACCUGCCUACUAUUAUCAGUAUCCAAGAGCACCAGAGGAGCAUGUUCCUCUAUCAUCUCACCAGGGUGCCGCUUCUUCUUUCUCUGGGCGACUCUUGGUUGAUACUAAUCUAGAUACGUCAUCUCCUGAUACUUAUAGACCUCCUCCUGCUCCUAUCCCUUUCAAUGUUACGUUUGGUACCACUCAAACUCCACCUGCAGCUCAAGAAAUUCGUAGUGACAAGCAUAAUGCACCCUUGCUUUCUACAGAUUCUAGUGCAAUUCAAGAACCAGUAUCUGGAGACAAUCAUGGGACCCCAGUUAAGAUGGAAGAGCUGAAGGAAUCAGAAUGCAAAGUUCAGGCUGAUCUAGAGAUAGAUUCUGCUAAGGGUUCUGAAAUUGAACUUGCAAAGCCUGGAAAACCUGUAAUUUUAGUAGAAGAGGAGGAUACAUGCCCAAUUUGUUUAGAAGAAUAUGAUGCAGAGAAUCCAAAACUCGCAACAAAUUGUGACCAUCAUUUUCACCUUGCAUGCAUUCUGGAAUGGAUGGAAAGAAGUGAAACUUGCCCUGUGUGCGAUCAGGAUUUGGUUUUCAACCCUCCCAUUGAAUAAUACAUGUCAACUUAGGAGUUCAAAUAUAGUGUGUGUGAGAAGCGAGAUUACAAAGUCAUGACUUUAAUAUGGUAGCAACCUGAAUUGAUGGCUGUAUUUGGAUUGUUUCGUUUUCUUUGUUUUCUGGAUUAUUCCAUUUUUUACUCACUGUCCCCUGCGUUGCAGCAUACAGGAAAUUGAAGGAAAUAUUCUCUCUUUCAUAGUUUUAUGAAUUAGCAUGUUUCAAAGUGAUAUCUGGAUGUUACAUCCGAAAACAGCAGCCAAUAUGAUUUCUCUUGUUGAUUGUAAAACUUUUGUUACAUUGUCAAAGAAUGGUAGGAUGCUCUCUC